UGUCUAUGUGUGCGUGGUGCGGGCGAGCAGUGCAACACCGUCGCCGUCGCGCGUUCUCUCGAGGCAGGGUAGAUCAGCCCGUGCUUCAUUUGCCAAUUACGGCGCCGAUGCGCGGUGCGGUGCGUUAAAUGUGCGUGCAGGAUGUCGAACCCGGGCGGUAGCAGGAGGAACGGGGCCAUGAAGAUCCGUCUGACGAUUUUAUGCGCCCGUAAUCUCGCUAGAAAGGAUUUAUUUCGUUUACCCGAUCCUUUUGCUAAAAUAACUGUCGAAGGUUCCGGUCAGUGUCACAGUACAGAUACCUGCAAAGCCACCCUUGAUCCUAAAUGGAAUCAACACUAUGAUUUAUAUAUCGGAAAGAACGAUGGAAUCACCAUAUCCGUGUGGAAUUAUAGAAAGUUCCAUAAGAAACAGAACGGAGGGUUUUUGGGAUGCGUACGCAUAUUAUCGAAUACUAUCCAAAGACUCAAGGACACAGGAUAUCAACGUUUGGACUUAUGCAAAGCUCAUUCCGAUGACACGGACGUUGUGAAAGGACAAAUCGUGGUAUCUUUGAUGUCGCGGGAUGGCCACAACGGCGCCGUGAGUAAUACAGUCGGCCACAACGCCGUGGUCGACGUGCUCGGUGAUCUGAGCUGCCCGAAUGAUCUGCCGGACGGUUGGGAGGAAAGGAGAACGGAAAGCGGUCGACUUUACUACGUAAAUCAUCACACGAAGAGUACGCAAUGGAUCCGUCCGAAUGCUCGACCUAACAAUGCUAUUAUACCGACGACUCCGGAACCACCGCCGCUGUCGUCGUCGGAGCCUACAUCCCCUAGCAGUAGCGCGAGCUCGCCGAACGUAAGAAACGAGGGGAGUCCCGCGGGGCACACGUCGCCCGAGUGGACCGGCGGGGACAACACUCUGAGUCAGACGCCCAGCCGUGAUAAUUCGACGCAGAACACCCCGAGAAACACACCGACGCAGCAGCAGCAGAAUCGCAAUCAGCAGCAGAAUCAGCACAACGCGAUGAGAAACGUGACGGCAUCGUCGUUGAGGGAGCGGCGUGUCGUCAGGGGUGUCGACGAGCAAAACGGCAAUCAAAACCCGGCGAACGGGAGGGUGGAACGUGGCCUCAAUAGCGGCGGUCAGAUUCGAAGGCCUAAUCGCAGUAACAGGAACAGGAGUAGCGUCAUGUCGAGUAGCGACAGGCGAACCGAUCCGCCGCAGCCGCCGGACCUACCUCGUGGUUACGAAAUGAGGAAGACCCAGCAGGGCCAAGUAUAUUUCUAUCACGUACCAACUGGAUCCUCCACCUGGCACGACCCGAGGAUCCCGCGCGACUUGCAGGCCAACGAAUUGACGAACGAGCUCGGCCCUCUUCCCAGCGGAUGGGAGAUGAGGCAGACCCAGAGCGGCCGGGUGUAUUUCGUUGAUCACAACAACAGGACCACGCAGUUCACCGACCCGAGGCUGUCCAGUCAAAUAAUAAGCAAUCUGCUGAACAAGAGGCAAAAUAACAACGUGAACAAUCAAGCCGCGAUUAACGCGAACAAUUCGGUGACAAGCGAGAGCUCCGCCGAGGCGGAUACGACGAAUUUGUCGACGGUGCAGCCCAACACGCCGCAGCAGCCGACGAGAAAUGAGAACGGAAGUAACAACAAUUCGCCAACGAUGGAGAGCGCGCCGUCCCAAAAUGCUCAAACGGUGUCGGAGCUGCCGAAGGAGCUCAUGGACAAUGAGCUCCUACCGAAAUACAAGCGUGACCUAGUGGCGAAGUUGAAGUGCCUUCGUGCGGAACUGAACGCUCUUCAGCCUCAGAGCGGACACUGCAGGUUGGAGGUGUCGAGAAACGAAAUAUUCGAAGAAUCGUACAGAUUGAUAAUGAAGAUGCGCCCGAAAGAUAUGCGCAAAAGGCUCAUGGUCAAAUUCCGCGGCGAGGAAGGCCUUGACUACGGCGGCGUCGCGCGCGAGUGGUUGUAUUUAUUAUCUCACGAGAUGCUGAAUCCGCAAUACGGACUCUUUCAGUAUUCGAGAGAUGAUAACUACACGCUUCAGAUUAACCCGGAUUCGGGCAUAAACCCGGAACACUUGUCGUAUUUCCACUUUGCCGGACGGAUCAUAGGCAUCGCCGUGUUUCACGGUCACCACGUUGACGGCGGUUUCACAACUCCGUUCUACAAGAUGUUGCUUAACAAGGCUAUAACCUUGAGCGAUAUAGAGGGAGUCGAUCCAGAACUGCACAGAAGCCUUACGUGGAUGCUGGAAAAUAGUAUAGACGGCGUGCUGGAUGCUACCUUUUCCGUGGAGCACAGCAGUUUCGGCGUGUUGAAGAACCACGAGCUGAAGCCGGGCGGCAAAGACAUUCCGGUGACGGAGGAAAACAAGAGGGAAUACGUCCGCCUGUACGUGAACUAUCGAUUUAUGCGCGGUAUCGAGCAGCAGUUCUUGGCGUUGCAGAAAGGAUUUCACGAAUUGAUACCUCCGCUGCUACUACGACCGUUCGACGAGCGCGAACUGGAGUUGGUUAUUGGCGGCUUGGGCACCAUCGACAUAAACGACUGGAAGAUGCACACCCGGCUUAAGCACUGCACGCCCGACACGCCGGUCGUGCAAUGGUUCUGGCAGAUAGUGGAGUCGUACGGUGAAGAGAUGAGGGCGAGGUUGCUUCAAUUCGUUACCGGCAGCUCCAGAGUCCCGUUACAAGGAUUCAAGGCUUUGCAAGGGUCGACGGGAGCGGCGGGUCCACGGCUCUUCACGAUCCACGCCGUUGACGCCCCAAGCGAAAAUCUACCGAAAGCGCAUACCUGUUUCAAUAGAAUAGACAUACCGCAAAAUUAUCCGACCUAUCAAAAGAUGCUUGACAAACUCACGCAGGCGGUUGAAGAAACCUGUGGCUUCGCUGUCGAGUAAUACGGUACGAUCAUUACUACGUAGUUUCAGUGCAAUCGUUUCUAUUAAGCUCGUGUCGGACCACGCAUUAGAGAUCGAGGAUUGCGAAAUGAAAAUUAGAAUUCAAUCAGUCAGAUAAAUUUAAUUUUAAUCCGUUUUGUUUUGACUGAUUAAACUUUAAUCUCCAACCCGCAAUCCUCAAUCUCCGAUGCGCUGUCUGAUGUAGGCUUUACGAUAGCACACAUUUAUGCAAUCCUGGAUUCUUAUAAUAGAUGACAUUCUACAAAUUUUAUCGUUAAUAAAAGGAAAGGGAAAGUGUUUAUUUUCUAUAUUUACAAAAUAGUAAGAAGAAAUAGAAAAAUUCAAUGAAUCUUGUUAGAGAGAUCCAGUGAGUCUUAUAGGAAAGGGACCUAAGUGUCCUCCUCUGAUUUUGAUGAGUUUUGAAUAUAUCAUUUUCUAGAUAAAAAUAAGGAUAAGAUUUUCCUAUGCUCGUGUUUCUCCGCACUUUUAAGAGGUAAAACAUUUUUUAGAAAAAAAUUGAUUAUCCCUUAAAAGUGCGAAAGAGCAUGAAUAUAGAGAAACCUAAUCCUUAUUUUUGUCUAGAAAAUAACAUAUUUAAAGCUCGUCAAAAUUAGAGGAGAACAUUUCCCUUUUUUGUUAGAAGUGAGAAACCGUUAAUAUGUUAGUUAUCUCAGCGAAAUCGUGUUUCAAAUACACAAAUAUCUAAAUGGCCUUUAAAUUAUGAACCUUGCAUAUCUUACAUAUCACACGAUACACGUCCCUCUUUGAACUUUUUGAGUCACAAUUUUUAGAAAAUCGAUAUGUCGGUCUUUAAAUGUUUAUAUUACCUGUUAAGUGAUAUUCAAUCUAUGAGGGGAUUAUUAUUCUUCUCCAGUGAAUAUAUUUUAAGCAAUCUGUUUUCUACAUUUACUUGCACACAUUCAUCGAAGCUCUUAUAGAUUCACAUCUUUUUGUCAAGUGAAAUCACUAAUUUCGUUUAAUUCGUUGAAGUUUAGCUUUAUUAUUUUAAUUACAAUACGAACAUAAGGCAUGCACAAGUAUUUCUGGAAGAAGAUCUUCCAAAAGUUAUAAUUAUUAUUAUUAUUAUUAUUAUUAUCAUCAUGUUAAUACUGUACAGAUUUUUUUUUAUUAAAACAAAACACAUAUUCCAAAAUUGAUUGCCAGUGUUGAAAAAUCUAUAGUGCACGUAACGUAAAUUAUAGACUGUCAGUGCUGGCGGUGAAUUUUGGACAUAUCAGCGUGAAGGAAUCUCGAAGUUACGAACUUAGCAAUACAUAUAUCACAUAGGGAAUCAAUUCGCAUUUGGAGGUUUUUCAAUUUUUACUUUGAAACACACGUAUCAUAACGGACUGCACAGUCAAUUAAUUCCAUAUCAGUUAUCCAUUGGAUAAUAGGAUUUAGUAUAUCGCGUGCGAGAAGUGAAUACAUGUAUAAAAUUCGCUCAUUUGUAGAGGCAGACAUCAGCUAGACGCAAUGCUGGAAAUCUAGUAUUUUAAAAUGUAUUAUUGGGCCUAUUGCUGCUCCUAGGCAAGAAGUAGAGAGUUUGUACAUAUGUAUAAUUCUGAACGCAAGUGUUAAACGAAAGAAAAUUGUUAUAAUUUAUAAAAGAGUAUAAGACAAUAAAAAAAAUGAUAAAAUGAUUGCUAUUGAGAUGUAGCUCCAAUUAGACAUCGAAUCUUUAAUUUAGAAUAACAGAUGAAAUAAAUAAAUAAAUAAAUAAAUAAAUAAAUAUAUAUAUAUAUAUAAAAGCAAAAAUGUAAAUUACUAUAUACAUAUAUAUUUUAUUCUUCUGAUAAUUCAUACUUUACAUAUUCGCAAAAAGAAUUGAUAUUUUGAAAUUGACAACGUUUCGUUUUAUUCUCUUUGAGAGAGAUUGUAACACUUUCGUUCGGAGCUGUCGUAACGCAAUCGGCAAAAAACUUUAUUGCUGUGCGCGACAAGGAGAUCAUUGUUGCUUACUAAUAGUUAAUACCCACCCGAGUGCGUUAGGAAGAUGUAAAUAAUUUAUUAGAGAUUAAAUAUAAUAGAGUAAUGUAAUAUCGUUUCACGUGCGAUUUCCGAUCAGAUCGGUGAUCGGGCACGUUGACUUUUAACAUUGACAAUUAAAAUCGUGUACAUUAGCUUUAAUUUAGAGCACACUUAUUUAAGGAAUUGAAAGAGUUCAUUCGACGGGUUUACGUAAGCUUAAAAAAAAAUGUUUCGAUCGAACUGUGACUCUUUUGUUUGAGAACUUCACGAAACAUGGCUAUACCUUACUAAACUGCUUUUAGUAAGAUGUAGCGCCACUUUCUUAUUUAUCUCACGAAGCUUUCAUUUAGUUGUCAGCAUAUUGUCACACGCUGUGUUGUAAAAAUAUCUAAUGCAUGGAUCAUUGUUUUGUAUAAUUAUUAUUGCAUUAUUAUAUUUGUAUUAUGCACAAAACUGUGAUGAAACAUAUCGUAGAUGGAAAUCAGGCGAGAUAAGGGCACUGAAGAGAGUCCUACUCUUUUCGACUCUAGAAAAUUGAGAAUUUGCAUAAUUUCAGUUCACUUCUGUGUACACACGAUAUUAUUGAAAUUAAAUAUAUAUGUAUGUCCGUUUUGUUAA